AUGGCCGUGCGACCUGAGUCUGUGGAAGAUUGGUGCCAAAUAAUGCCCAACUUGUUGGAGGAGGAAGGCUGGAAAACGGCUUUGGCCCAAGAAGGUUCUGCGUUGAUGCAUAGCAGCUGUCCUUGGGGUGGUUACCUGAUCAAAUUUGAGCUGAAGGGGCUUACAGUGCACAAUGCCCCUGCAGACAGUAGCAAGGUGAUUGUCCGACCUGAAGUCCGAGCUCUCCUGCAAGGCACAUGCCCCAUCCCAGGCAUCAGCGUACAGUCCUUGGACGUCAUGGCUCCUGGAGAGGCUGUGGUUCAGGCGUCCACCUCUUGGAGCAUCAUGCGGCUUUGCUCCGUGUUGUUCGGUGACAUGGUUGGGCAAGUCAUGGAUUACCUCUGCGAUGACGCGCCCAUGGCAUGGCAUCAGAAAGUGGGCCGAAACUAUCCAAACCAAGGUGAUAGCUCUUGCUCCUUCUGGAUGGAAGAUUCCAAUGACAAGCCGCACGAAUGCCUUAUCCUUGUCAGACCCGAGACUGCAACGGAAAAGUUCACUGCCUUUGUAAUUGUGAGGGUCCAUGAAAAUCAUUUCGCACGGUGGGCCAGUGAACAUUUUCGCUCUGUCUUGAGUUCUGCGCGUAGCACUGCGGAGUCAUACUUGAAUCGCCCCGGAAUUGUUGAGCUGAGAGAAAUGGAUGAGCAGUUCUAUGUGGUCAUCUCUAUGCAAAGCUUUAAGCGAGGGAUGCCACUGCUGCCGGCCUAUCCUGAUGAGCAUUGCCUCACCGAGAUUGAUGCAGGUGAGCGCUUUGGCUUGCGCAGGUGGGUACGGUAUGAGCCACGCAGCACGAAGUUCCAACUGGCUCAGUACCUUCCAGUCUUCAUGGAACGUUUGGGUUUCGAGAUUGGAGCCUAUAACAGCUUGGACGGCCAGAAGUUGGUUCCUUAUCAGUGUGUGGUGCGUCGUGCCGACUGGGAGCAGAUGCGUUCACGUUUUCUCGAGGCCUACCCCUUGCAGAAGACCGCCUAUCGUCGUGCCAAUGGUGGCUCUGGCUCCCCAGGGGUACACGAGGACGUGCUUCCCAAGUUUGUGACCUCCACGGCCUUGAACAUCCAGGAACGUAUGGACCAAGAGGCAUGGCCAAAGCUGGUGGUGCGGAAGACUUUCUUGGAUUUGGAGGAGGAUGACACCUCCUCCAAUGGCUCCCCGAAAGUACGUCCUCCGCGCCGCCCAAAGACCACACACUUUGGGCGACUUCUCGUGCCAUCUUUACCAUAA